AUGGGCGUGCCGCUGAUGGCAACCGAAACCGAGACGGCAACGAUUCAUACAAAUGGUGGCCUGGAAACGGUAUCCGAGGAGGAGGGCACCAAGCCGCGCCCGGCCGACAUUGAGGCGGAUAUGCGAGAAAUGGAACGCCGCAAGCGGGUGGAAGCGAUCAUGAAUUCGCGCCUGUUCCGCGAGGAACUGGAACGAAUCGUGGAUGGGCAGAUGCGCGAAGGAUCGUCGACGAUACUGCAGCAGCUGUCCGAUAUUAUGGGCAUGCCGGCCGCCCGUAUCGGUAGCGUCUUCAAAAGCUCCAACUGCGUGGUACCGAUCAACGAUAUCCGUGGUGUGGAGUCGAUGAGCUACGAGAAGGGUGAAAAGAUACUGCGCUGCAAGCUGACCGCCACCUUCCGGCUGAUGGAUCUGUUCGGGUGGACGCAGGGUAUCGCGUGCCAGAUUACGGCCCGCCUGAAUGCCGACCAAGAGCUGUUCCUCGUCAACCCGUACGGUAUGCUGUUCCACGAGAUAACCGCUUCCUCUCUGAACAAGGUGAACAUGCAGGGACAGAUCGUCGAACAUGGAACAACCAACUUUGGCAUCAACACUAGUCAGUUCACCCUCCACUCCGUAAUCCAUGCUGCCAGACCGGAUAUUCGUUGUGCAAUAUAUGUGGCUUACAGUGCCGUAACCGCCGUAUCGGCACUGAAGCAAGGAUUACAACCGCUCACGAAGCACACUGCCCUCCUGGGAGAAAUAGCCUUCCACACGUAUGCCGGAGCACUAAACGAACCGGAAGAGAAGGACAAAUUAUUGCGCAGCCUGGGACCCGUCUCGAAGGUGUUGCUGCUGUCCAACCAUGGAGCAUUGUGCUGUGGUGAGACUAUCGAGGAAGCAUUCUACCAUGUAACCCACAUGGUACAGGCUUGCGAAGCUCAGCUAAAGCUGUUGCCGGUUGGAUUGGAGAACUUGAUUUUAAUUCCGGAGGAAACACGUAAAGCUAUCUACGAUGCUGCCCGCAAACCGUCCGGUGAAGGCCACGAGGCAGCUGCUGCUCAAACUACGGACAAUAAAGAAGGACAACUUUCGAAAACCCCGAAGUGGCGUGUUGGUGGUUCCGAGUUUGAGGCCCUUAUGCGAAUGCUCGAUAAUGCCGGCUUCCGUACCGGGUACAUCUUCCGCAAUCCGUUGAUCAAGGGCGAUAUUCCAAAGCCACGCAACGACAUCGAGGUACCACCAGCAGUGUCAUCAUUAGGCUAUUUAAUCGAAGAGGAGGAACUGUUCAAGCAGGGCAUUUGGCGCAAGGGAGACCCGCGCAAGGUUGGCGAUCGCACCCGUUGGUUGAAUUCGCCGAACGUGUACCAGAAGGUGGAAGUGCUAGAAACUGGUACACCGGACCCGAAGAAGAUUACCAAGUGGGUCGCGGAACCCUCUCCAACGCAUUCGUCGACGCCGGUUAAGAUCGAGCAUGCGCAUCAGUUUGUUCCGACCAACACUAAUCCGAGGGAAUUCAAAAGAAUUCAACAACAGAUUAAAGAUAACCGCCGCGCAGAUAAAAUAUCGGCUGGACCACAGUCGCACAUUCUCGAGGGUGUCUCGUGGGAUGAGGCAAACCGGAUGAAGGAUGCAAACGUGUCCGCCGCUGGUGACCACGUCGUACUGAUGGGUGCCGCCUCGAAGGGUAUUAUUCAGCGUGGCUAUCAGCACAACGCCACCGUAUACAAGGCACCGUACGCAAAAAAUCCAUUCGAUUCCGUAACAGACGACGAAUUGAACGAAUACAAAAAGACGGUCGAAAAGAAACGGCACGGUGACGGCACGGAUACAGAUUUCUCCGAAUCGGAAGCACUUAGCUCAUUGCAGAUUAGUGGCCCUGCCAAGGGCGCAUCGCUCGUCAGCCCGCCAAGUCAAUCGGAACAGGAAGACACAACGGCAGAACAUCACGUCCUAAGAAUAGAAACUAAGCAAGCGCCCAAACCAAGCCAGCCAGAGGUAGUACUAAGCGACGGCGAGCAAGUACAAAAUGGCGAACAAUCCGAUGCACAUAUGAGCACCUUCUCGCACAGCAGCAAAGAGUUGCAGGAUAUUUCUACCGAUGGAUCCCCUAAGAAGGACAAGAAGAAGAAGAAGGGCUUAAGGACACCAUCGUUCUUGAAAAAGCGAAAGGACAAGAAGCGCGUCGAGUCCUAA